ACUCAAUUCAAAUAGAAGCCCUUGAAUUCAAUCUAAUACAAACCCUAGAGAGAGGGAAUGGAGAAAGAAGGGGAACAAUUGAAUGCAUCGAAGAAGAGGGUGGUGGUGGAGUCAUUGGGAUGGAUAACGGAAUCCUCAAUCAUGCCCAGAAAGCAUCGGGCUAUCGAGGGCGUCGGGCCCUCCUCAAUCCUCGAGCUCAAGGCGCAACUCUACAAGUCACAAGAAGAAUCCAAGCGCCAAUCGAAAGAACCCAUUCAUUCUGCAGAUAAUCUGUACGGUCACCAUCUUGAGGUCCACCGCGCCAGGAAGAAAAUCUCCGCUCAUGAUCCCUUCUCGCAAAAGAACUCCGGUGUAGAUGCCCGUGCAUCCAAAGACAAGCUUGAGCUAAAAGCUGUCAAUGACGGGUCAGCAAGUUAUGCAGCUUUAGAGAGAAAAGCAGAGUUAUACAAUAAGCUGGUGAGGGGUGAGCUUUCUGACGAGGAAGACAGUGAGAAGUACUGUGUUGAUUUUUUCCGGAAGGGUAUUGAACAUGAUGAGCCCCAAUUGCCUCAAGGGCAUGAUACUGAUACACAUGAAAUUCGAAAUGAAGCUGGUGACUAUGAUGAUUCUCUGCCCAAUACAAAAGCCACGGGGCUUGGCAGGACAGAUGCUACAGUAGACAGGAGUGAACAUAAGCGUUUUGUGAUGGAAGUUCAUGAAGAAGUAAAUCUAGCAAGGGAAAACAUGUCUCAACUCAAGAUGCGCAGACAAGAACAGAUUGCUGCUCGUCGAGAGAAAUUAAAGCAGACCUACCUCCGCAAGCAGCUCGAGAAAUUGAAAGCAUCCAAAACAGACCAAACCUAAUGCAAUGUGAAUGUCUUUGUCCUUCUUUGGAAAUUUUAUUAUAAGAAUCUCAUUAGUUUUAUCAGCACAUGCCUCUGAAAUUUUUUUCCCUCCAUAUAUCCCAACUGCAGUUUGGUCAUGUAAGUUUUGGUCUAUAUAAAUUCCCUUCUGUAGUACUCGAAUUACUAUCAUCAAUGGAAGUGUCAUAUGGUAAUUUCCCGCAGAAAGUUGGGCGUUAAUCACACAAUUGAGCCUCCUUUGAAAGACUGUUUUGCCAUGCUUGGUACGAAGGACGGGAGAGUAACAGAGAAGAAAAAGAAGUUUAAACCUUCUAACCUUAACUAGCACUGUGUACCAAACACCCACAAUGUCAAUAAACAGUGCAUAUGCACAGGAAUUGUAGGUGAGAUAAUCUGUGGACUUGAAAUGUAUUGCAUGUACAUCUGGAAAUGGGGAAUAAACUGAUUAUUGGUCAAGAAUGGUACUGUAUUUAUCCCCCCGCCCUCUUCUCAAGUUUUAGAAAUUAUGCUAUGGUUUUCGAAU